CUUCACCCGAGCGAUCAGAUACGUUGUGAGCUCAACUUUCACCUGGCAGGUGCACUGCUGCGCAGUGCGUUUGUGCGCUUUGGUGUACUUUUUUGCAUUCCUUGGGCUUCUGGGCGGCAGUAAGUUGCUGGGCGUUGGACUUGCGCGAGCUUGUCUAUCUGAAGGAAUGUGGUGGAUGGACCCAUUAUUUGGCUCGUCACACCUCCGACGCAGUACAGUGCUGCCCAACUGGUCACUUGGAGCCAAGUAGCGCUGCUGCCAGCAGCCUUAGCCUUCCUGAGGCCCUGGUGCUGGCCGGCACUAGCCUUUUGCUGGUGGGUAUGGCACUGGCAGCACAGAUAUGGUGGGGUUUGGUUCUUCUUCGGGUGGGACGCGAUGAUGGAUGAGAUUGGAUUCUUGGCUUGCGUCCUCUCUGCAACCCUGACGCUCUAUGAUGAUGUCGACGUCGAAGGUGCAGAGGCUGUGGCGGACUUUCCUUUGGAGCCAUCAGAGCCCCCCUCUGAGCAUUUGGAGGAUCAGGAGACACAGCCUGCACUGCAACCCGAGGGCAACCAGGGAUCGACCUUGAGAUCAAGGAGGAAAAGACCACCGUCCCAGGAUGAUAGUCCAGAAGCACAGGCGGACUUGCCGAGCACAUCUUGGUGGCAGAUGCUUUGGGUGUCAACAGCGCGCAAGUCGCCAUCAAGGUUUCAGCCAUGCAAGCCAAUAGUUGAUUGGUGCCGCACAAUCGCAGAGCUAUCCUUGACUCUGGCUGGCUUCAGACUUUUUCUGGCCGCUGGGCUCUUGAAAAGGCGAGUUGGCAGUGCCUGCUGGAAGGACCUGACCUGCCUCUAUGACCAUUAUGAGACGCAGCCAAUGCCGAAUCUAGCUUCGUGGUACUUUCACAACUUCACCCCGCAUGGUCUGAUGAGAUUGAUGCAAUGGUUUGCCAUCGACCUUGCCGAGUGCAUGGUUCCGUUUCUGCUGCUGGGAUUCCUUGUCAGCAUGGGGCCCUUGGGGCUGCUACAUGACCAGCUGCUUUGCAGCGAGCAGUGGUUCCUGCGAGUUCCGGCAAAAUUCCCGGGCCGCUUAGUGGGAGCGAGUGUCAUCAUGACCUUCGUCUUCGGAAUGUUUGUCGGGGGGAACUACGCGUUCCUGCACCCCUUGGCAGUGGUUUCCCUGGUGGCAUCGCUUGGCACGGUCCGUGGCCUGCCAGUGACACGCCGACCAUCUCCGGCACUCAUGCUUUACCAAUCCUUGAUGCCCUGGCUUCUGAUUCUGUUGCUGCUCUUUGCUUUCCUGCCAAGCCUGCGCGCGUAUGCAUGGCUGUGGUCCGGCAGCGAGAGGGUGGGCUUUCUGGAACCACUCAUGCAAAGCGACUUCGUAAUGGCGGCAUCUGGGAUGAACUUGGGGAUUCCCUACAAUCGCCAUGCUUACUUCGCUGGGAUGGUCCACGAUCGCAAGGAGAUGGUGCUGUUUGCAGAUGUAGGUGAUGGGUAUGUUGAAAUGGACAUUCCUUACAAAGUGGGUAGUGUGGGGCGAGCUCCCUUGCAAACUAGCCCCCUGCAUCGGCGCUUUGCCUGGCAAUGGUGGUUUCUUGGAUUGGGCCAGGAUCCAUCUUGGCUCGUCUCCUUCAUGGAGCAGCUUUGCAGCAGAAGUCAGACAGCGUGGGCUGCGGUUGAAAAUAACAGUACAGUGCACGACAACCUGGACAAGCUGAAGAAAGUUGCGGUGCAGAUGUACCAGUACCAUUUCUCAAAGCCCGGAUCGCAAAGCUGGUGGGAAAGACAUGCAAGUGGACAGAGGAUGGAGAUCGCUUGCUGAGGACUCUCCUGUUAGCUUAAGCCAAGUGAUGUCAUAGCUCUGCCAGUUAAGCUUAGACGAGCGGUGAGAGCUGGCUGGAGGGCUCGCAAAAGUGCUUGCUUUCAUGCAGUCCCGUGGAGCCGCGAAACCGCUGAGGCGUGAGUUUAACA